AUGGAUGAAUAUGAAUCCGAGCGAGGUCUGACGCGUGUGCUACAGGAUACGACAUUAUGGAUUCACAUCUUUAUCAACAUGUUUGCCUACGGUGUCAUCUUCCCUAUCGGGAUGGUGCUGGGAAUCACCAAGUCUCGAUGGCACGUUCCUACACAAGUUCUCGGUUCAGCUCUCGCCCUUCUAGGUUUCUUCUUGGGCCAUGCCCACGGCGGCCGAGAAUUCGUCAGCCACAAUAUUCAUUCCGUCUUUGCCAACAUCCUGCAGCUCCUCUUGAUCGGCCAGGUGGUUCUUGGUCUCUACUUGAAAGGCCACUGGGAGAAGGGCGUGAAUGGCAAGAUCAGAAAGCUGAUCCGACCAUGCCAUUCAAUUAUCGGAAAGGCGAUGCCUCUGUUGUCGUGGACACAGAUGAUUUUUGGCGGAAUCACGGCUCUCGGGUUCUGCCAGGGCGAGCAUGUUGGCCAGUGUGCCGCCCACUUUAUCAUGGGAGGCGCUUUUAUCGCGUAUGGUGUCAUUUUGACCAUUAUACUUCUCGUUGGCCAGAUCUGGAUCCAGCGGACCGGACGAUCGCAGGAAUUCUUUGAUAGCGCCGUCAUUGCAGCCUGGGGCUGCGUCAACACCUUCACCGAACACCGCUGGGGGACCGCUUGGGUCAAGAACGACUGGCAGCACACAACCAUGGGCAUCAUCUGGUGGUGCGCCGGCCUGGCGGGUAUGUGGCUCAGCAGGGAUCGAGAUGGCAAUCCAAAGCGCAACUUCAUCCCCGGCUUCGUCAUCCUGGUGACUGGCUGGGCCAUGUCGGCACACCCUCAAGAGCUGAUGGUUAGUGCCAUGACACACAGCACAUUCGGGAAAACCUUGAUGGCCGCAGGACUCUCCCGAAUUAUCGAGAUUUCUUUUGUUUUGAAGGAUAAGCAAUCUCUAUCAGAGAGCGGACGCUCCUGGAACAGCUUCCAAUACAUUCCCGUCUUUCUUUUGUACGCUGCCGGCUUCCUUUUUAUGGGUGCCACCGAGGAGCAGAUGAACCUCGUUGCUCAAUCCAGCAUGGACGGCGUCUCAUAUAUCCUCAUCAUGUACUCGCUGGCCUUUCUCGUCUUCUUGUUUACCAACAUGCUUGUCCACCUUUACGACCGCCUCGCCAACCCUGACAUCAACACCAAGGACUUAUCCAACGGCCACUCCCGUGCCAGUGGACAUGCUGCCGAGGAGGGCCAGCUCCGGGAUGCUGAGCAAUUUGAACUAGACGGCCUCAUGAGCGAUGACGAGGGUGGGGAGGGUCAGGCUAUGCUGAGAGCAAGCUUGGACCGUCCAAGCAUAGACACCCCGAGCACUCUUGGCAAGAACAAUCACGGACGGGUGUAG